AUGCAGUCCUCCGGCGUCUUCGACGAAACAAGCAGCCUGGCUGACUCGGCCUACGAGCUGAUCAGCAGCACCGACGGUGAGAGCCAGGACGGGCGGGGCACCGACUCUCUGGCUGCCUCCAUCACGAGCUCGUUCAACUUCUACCCUCGGGCUGAUGACGUCCUCAGUCUAAAUGGCAACGAGACCACAAACGACGAGGACGACGACGAGGAGGACGACGAGGAGGACGAAGAUGAGGAGCACGAUGCGGCCUCCUCUGACCGUGGCCAUCUUGACCAAAGCAGCGGGUAUCUUCCCACGGCGACCCGCAACACGCCUGGGCACAGCCAGCUCUACCACGCCAGCCGGGGCAAUGGUGAGGACAACAACGGAGCCCGCCGGUCGUCCCCGGCGGACUCCAUCCGCUAUGCUGAACAAGCCCUCUGCAAUCCAUCCACGCAGUCGCUCUCUACGCUCGAGUACGACUCUUCGCACGGAGAUAUCAGUGGUGGCCGCUCGCCGCUCAACCAAUCUAUCGAGUUUGACGAAGGCACCAAUGUGAAGCCUUACAUCGAGAAGGUCUCGGUCAAGCACACAGUUCGCGAGUUUUCGGAGGGCGAGUCCGCCAUCAUCGCCGCUAACAUGGGUAUGACGUCCGACGCUCCCAAACGCAUGGCUGCUACCGUCUGCCAGACCAUGUCCCGCCACUGUCUCUCUACUCGCGAGCCUCUCCGUGUUCUCUACGUUGGAAACGAUGGUGCCUAUGACGAUAUCACGCACAAGAUCUCGUCAGCCCUGCUGGCGUCGGCCCCGCCGCCCGGCAGUCCAUCUCCGGGCGCCGAACGGCGCCACUCAUCGACAGCAGGCAUUUACAACAUCAUGCCCAUUUCGGCCUUUGGGUCAGCUAAGGUUCCUGAGAUUGACGAAAUUCAGCUCAUGGGUGUUUCCGAGUAUUACAUCAAGGUGGACCGAUGCGUCAAGGCUGCCGAGAUUGUGUAUGAAGGCGAGUCAUUUCCCGACGACACCGUCUAUUCCAUUGAAUUGGACAGUGGCAUGGUGCACUCAUCUGUCUUCAACCCCAGCGGGUCAGUCGUGACUCCCGAAUGGGCUCUUCCCCAUGUCGCUGUUUUCUACGUCUCCGGAAACGAUGAUGACCAGGCCGAGACUACGAGAAGCGCAGCGUGGGAGUUUAUGACACGCCAUGCUGUUCCAUCCAUCUUCGUCUCGCACGCACAGUCCUUCUCGCGGUCUCCAUAUGCUGGGCGUUGGCAGAACUUCGUCGACCAUGCUGCCGUGCAUCUGAGUCUCGAAUCGCGCGACCCGUCCAAGCCUAUGGUCUCCGAGCGUCUGCCCAUCGAUCUCGGCUCCUUCCUCAACAUCGACGCCCGCCAGAUGAAUAGAAACCUCGCCUACCUUACUGGAUUGAAAGACAGCCGGACGAAAGAGAACAAAUUCACUGGCAAGUCGGCCGGCACCAACGUUAGUGCCACGUUUCAGGGCUUUGUCAGUGCAGUGGCAGGUUCUCUCUACCUUCUGCGCCAAGGCAGGGACUGCCGUCCUGAAGCACGCCGGGCACUCAGGGAGCUCUACUAUCUUGUCUCUGCACGCUUUUGCGGCCUUUUCGCAUCGGUUUUGAUUACAGUUCUCUUGUCGUCAGCGCUGCUCGUGUAUACCGGACCCGGCCUGUUACCUUUCGGCCUUGACACAUCGGAGCAAUCAUCUGUUUUUAACACAAUGCUUUCUCGGACGUCUCCUUCCACCGCCACUCAAACGUCAUUUACUCCCCACAUACCGUUAUCCCAGUCAGCUACCGUAUCGUCUGUCUGCUCAGCCCCAUCUGUUGCACCGACUGUGACAAUCAGCUUUGUGACCACAAAGACAGUCGAAGUUCAAGUGUCCAAGCCGACGAGCCUGUCAAGCCAGGUCCUGUUUGGAGGCUACCUGACAGAUAACGCACACAGCCAGCGCAAUGCCAAGGGCGUGUCAGAUGCCGAGAUCAAGAGCACUGGAUGCUCCAUCCAAGUGUACAGCAGUCACGAGAUUAUGGUCAAGGUCCCUGCUGCAACCAAGACCAAGUGGCUGGCCAAGGGCGCCAUUGAUAUCGACGUGUGGCAGGGGCAAAAGAAGCUGAAGUCCAAGCUUUUCACGACCGACGAGGGCAUCAUCAUUGAGAUUGACAGAAAGGAUGCGUUUGGCGUUAUGAGCGUCCACAUUGUCACUACCCUUCGUCCCAAGAUCAACGAAACGUUUGCCGUGGACUUUGGUCAGCUCACGGCCUCCAGACUUCUUGAAGCAGGGUUCAGCCUGUGGCAGGAGUCGGUCCGUGCCGCUACCGACGCGGGCUUAGAAGCUGUUGCGCGGGCCAAAACAGCCUUGUCUACUUACGCUGAUGAGCACAACAUGUCGAUUCCUUACACAGAAAUGGCCCAGGCCGCACUGGGCAACGCAUCGCUGGUGGUCGAAUCUGCUACUCGCGGCUUCACAGCCUUGAAGGAUGAUCUCACAGAAAACUAUAAGCGCCUUUGUCCGGAAGUUUUCCUCAAGAAGUCCGCCACAGAAGCUCAAUCUCUCGUCAAGAAACUCGUACCGACGACCGACGCUACCGAGCGGCUCCGCGACGAUGCCCGCUUUGUUGUUCGGCGUGCUCAGAUUGCUUCAAAGCUCUGGUGGCUUCGCGUCCAGGGCAAGACUGAGGAGCACGACAGCUACGAAGAAAAGGCCACAAAUCACAUUCGCAACAUGGAGCUCGACGCGAAGAUCAAGCGGACUCGCGCAGAUGCCAAAAAGAAUCAGCCGAGGGGGGUGACGGCCACGGCGCCCAGCAUUCCGACUCCAUGGUGGUGA